CUGAAGAAACGCAUGGAGAAGGUAUUCGAGGGACACUGGGGUUGCAUCAUCGGCUCGGGUUUCGCGUGCUUUGUGAGCCACGUGGAGCAUCACUACCUCAACAUCCGUGCGGGAACCAAGGAAAUCGUGCUGUACAGAUCCGCCUGA